ACAAGUAUCUUUAUUGGUGUGAGUGUGUCAGCUUAUGUCAGUUUAUGUCAGGUACAUGUUUUGUUAAUUUUCUUGGUUAUUUAUUUCAUGAUAUUUAUCACAAAGUUUAUUUAAAAUAAAAUAAAAAAUGUUAGGCUCAAAAUUAAAUCGAAAUCUUAACACUAGGCUAUUAUUGGGCUGUAGAUUUUUCAAAGCAUACUCAAAAGUGAAUGCCAACAAAACGAGUAAUUGUGUAUUGGACCAUCGAAAAAAUGCACAAUUGUUGGUUUACCCAACAUUUCGUUUGAACCAGUUUACAAAUUAUAGUACAGAUACGACAAAAAGUGAUGGUGAUCUAACGAAAGAAAUCAAAUUAUGUAUUGCCGAGAAAAAAACAGACAAAGUAAUAGAAUUGUUAAAACAAUCAACAAAUUUUAGCACAAAUCAACUGUUCGAAAUAAUAGAAUGUGCUGCAAAUAAGGGAAAUAAAGCAAUCACUAAAUUAGCAUUGUCUUUAUUGCCGGAAGAAAUUCAAAAUAACAAAUUGAUCGAUCAAAAUCUUACGGAGAUUUGCAUUGAAAUGAUAUAUUCAAAUAAAAUUACUGUAGAUCCUAGUUCAAGCAAUGACAAAUUAGAUCCAUAUCAAUUGAUCAUCUGCCAUUUACCAGUGCUUCAGGAGGGAUCGACCAAAGAAUAUGGAGUAUUGUUAAUACAACAAAUGAUUAUUGCGAAUGAAAGCUUUUCAACCAUUCUUAAAUUUUGUGAAAAUUUGAAGAAAAGCAAACGAAACCCAUAUUCAAUUGAAUCAUGCUUGGAAUGUCUGAUGGAAUUGAGUGUAAAAAAAGCUCAAGAAUUUCUAGAAUAUUUGGCCGUACAUAAAAAACUUCAACCGAACCAUUUUCAACCAUUUUUCAAUCAUGCUCAAAAUCAAACUGAACUGAUUGAUCACAUAAAAUUUGCAUUCAAAUUAAAUUGUUUAGUGGAUACAUCAACACUUUUAAAUUGUGUACUACCGAAAAUGGAUAAAAUUCAUCAUCCAGCUGCCGCUGCUUAUGAAUUGAUCACAGCUGGUCUGCAAUGGCGCCAUUUAAAAACGGCUAUGAUUACCUUCUAUUUGAAAAAUGAAAAAUUGGAUAAUGCUUUUGAAAUAGCCGGUAUAUCCAAAGUGAAAAUUGACAUAGCUCUUAUCCAACCAGAACUAUCGAAAUUUAUAAAAAGUAAAUCGUUUCAAGUCAGCCAGAAAAAAACAGUUCAAUUAAUAAAAAAACUACAAUCCCUUUGUAGUGAUGAAGAGUAUGAUUUGGCUGGCAAUGUGGUGUUAUCACUUUGUGAUAAAAUCGAUAAAAUUGAUGAUUUCGCUUUAACAAAGCAAAUGUUAUUGGAAUUUAAUUGUCAAGGUGUAAAAAUGUCAUGCCAUUCUGUCCAGGCAAUAAAAGAUAAAAUGAAAAGUCAUGCGAAAUAUAUUUCAUUUAUGCCGAAUUUAAUUAGUGAUGGACGCGUAAAAAAUGCAUCGCACGAAAUCCAGAGAUUGGAACAACAGUUGGCUGAUUAUAGGGCGAAAGAGAAAGCAACACGGCAACCGAUAGAUAAUGCAAUAAAUUAUACAUUGUUUCAACUAUUGAAGGCACACAUUAAUUAUGGAAAUUUUGAUGAAGCAAUAAAAAUUAAAGAAGAAUGCGAUAAAGCUGGUGUUCCUAAGUCUGCGGCCAUGCAAGUUGCACUUAUUGGGUUGUGGAUUGCAACAAAAAAUGUGGAUAAAGCCCUUCAAACUCUUCAAACUUUACAGAAAUUAAAAAGUUCUAAAUCAAAUGCACACGUUAUAAUCAACUUGGCAACAUUUUUACUAUCACAAAAUCGAUUGGACGAUGCAAAGAUAAUUAUGAAUGAUUUGUAUAAGUUCAAUUCAUCCGAAAAUUACACAACACUGGUAAAUCACAAUGCAUCUUUUUUAUUGAAUGCGGCCUGCGAGUAUAGCGUCCGGAAUGACUGUAAGGAGAACCUUACUGAAACAUUUCUCAAUAGACUGUUACAAAAAGAAGUAUGCAUACCUUCAAAUAAACUUCUGAGUAUUGUGAUUAAAGAGUAUAUAGAAAAAAAACAGAUUCAAGAGGCGGUUAACAGUUUUCAGCAUUUUGCCAAUCAAUAUCGACGAGCACCGAGAUGUGUUCCACUUUUAACCCAUUUAAUUGAGUUAACGGACAACGAACAAUCCACAAAGUUUGGUGUAUCGAGAGAACAAAUCAAAAACAACAUUAAAAUAAUUACGGAUGUGAUCAUAGAUUUGCAUGGGAUAAACAAUUCAAAUAUUAUACUCAUUACAGCAUUGGCUUGCGCUGGUAAAGAUGACCAGCUUCGAAUGUUUUUAUCGCAUAAUGAUGUUCAGUUUGAUGAAUCGCGUUUAUUAGGUGUUUUGGAAUAUAUGGAAACUGAUUCGAAAAUAAAAUCAGUGAUUACCAUCAUACAAAGUACAAAAGAAUUGCAAAACACACAAAUAAACAACGAACAUCUCUGUGAGUCUGUAUUAAAUGAUUUUUUUUUGAAGAAUGAUUAUGGUUCGGCACUUGAAUUUUACAAAGCAAUCCAGUUGUCAGAUCAUGGCAAUUUUCUAUCGCAGCGUUUUUAUAAAAAACUUGCCCAACUUUUGAUAAAAAACAAACAACAACUGCCUGUUGACUUGGCAAGUGCUCUUGAAUAAUCAUCAACGUAGACAUUUUGUAAAGAAUUAUUGCAAAUAGAAUCAAUUUAAUAGAA